AUGAAUCCGGCAUCUUUCCGCCAACUUAUUGGAAUCACGGCUUCUUCUGCCUCGGUGCAGGACUCGACCUUGAUCAUCAUUGACGCUCAAAAUGAAUAUGCCUUUGGAAAACUGCAGGUAGAGGGCAUCUCCGAAAGUCGAGCAGUGAUCUCGGCCCUGCUGCAAAAAUACCGGCAAGGAGGCGAUGACACUGAGCUGGCGCUAGAGUUAGAAGAACUGACUCCGCGGUCGGGCGAGAAAGUCAUCACCAAGGCAUUUCCUAGUUCUUUUGCCCAGACGGGUUUGCAUGACUACCUGAGCACACUGGGGGAUUUUGGGAAGAAAAUUGUGCUGGUCGGAUACAUGGCCCAUGUGUGUGUUUCUACGACGGCUAGAGCAGGCCAUGAACUGGGUUACGAUGUGAUUGUUGUCCGGGAUGCUGUCGGCGACAGGGAUAUUCCCGGGGUGAAAGCGCCGGUUUUGACUGCUGUGAGCUUGAGUGCAUUAGAGGAUGCGUUUGCGACUGUUGUCUCGGCUUCAGAUAUUGGGGUUUAG